AUGCAGCAUCGUUACGCGUUUGAGUGUGUGGACCGCAGCAUACGGGAUAUAAUGUCUGCUGUCAACCCGGAAAAAGCUCAAAAACCUUUUGGAGGCAUAACCGUUGUGUUUGGCGGCGAUUUUCGUCAAAUCUUACCUGUUAUCCCCAAGGCAGGGAGACCCGAUAUUGUUGGUGCUUCUCUGAAUAAUUCUCGACUGUGGGAACACUGCAAGGUCUUCCUCCUUUUUCGGAAUAUGCGUUUGCAUGCUGGCAACACAGAUGAGCAAAACAGACUUAUAAAAGAGUUUAGUGACUGGCAGUUAAAAGUUGGAGAUGGGAAGGUCGAUCCAAUUAGCUUCAAGGAGCAUGUUUCUGAGGUAUUAUUUAGAUUACCACAGCAGCAUGUUAUUCACUCCGAGGACAAACCAAUACAGGAUCUGAUUGAUGUUGUCUAUCCAGAUUUUGCAAACCGAUGUUCAUCUUCUGAGUAUUUUAGUUCCCGUGCCAUUCUCACGCCAACAAAUGCAGUUGUUGAUGACAUAAAUUACGCUAUUCUUGACAAACUUCCCGGAGAGACGUAUACAUACCUGAGUCAGGACUCAUUAGAAGACCAGGGUGUAGAAGAGAAUGAUUUUGACGAGUCGUUCCCAAUCGAAUAUCUAAAUUCUUUGAACCUGCCUUGCAUUCCUAAACAUGAAUUGAGGGUAAAAGUUGGUACUCCAGUUAUGCUGAUGAGGAACUUAAACCAGAUAAACGGUCUUUGCAACGGAACUCGGAUGAUAGUGACUGGAUGCAAGAAGAACACUAUUGAAUGUGAAAUAAUGUCCGGUUCCCAUGCUGGUAAAAAGCAUCUGAUACCGCGCAUAGAAAUGAUACCGCGCAUAAAAUUAAAAAACAAUAAAGAUACAAAGAGAAAAAAAAAGCAUUUGUGA